UAAAAUACAUUUCACAGAAAAUAAGACUGUCCUUCUCUGUCUCCCCUCUCCCUCUCUCUUAUUUUUUGUUCUGCGUUUCAUUUCUCUGGACGGGAGUCUUGAUGCAACAUUGACGAAAUACAGAGUUUUAAGUCACCGACUGCAGAAAUGCAAGCAAUCAGGUCUCUGUUAACCCCCAAGUGGUCCUCAGACGUGUCUCUGGAGGGAAAGACAGCCAUAGUCACGGGGGCAAACUCUGGCAUUGGAAAAGAGACGGCUAAAGACCUGGCCAGCAGAGGUGCCCGGGUGAUUUUGGCAUGCAGAGACAUGGCCAAAGGAGAACAAGCUGCUCGGGACAUUAUAAGAGAGGUGGAGGGCGCAAAGGUCGUCACACGGCACCUGGAUCUGGCCGACACCAAGUCAAUCUGCCAGUUUGUCGAGAAUGUCUAUGACACUGAAAAGGCUCUUCACUACCUGAUCAACAAUGCUGGUGUGGCUAUUUGCCCUCACAACUUGACAGUGGACGGAUAUGAAAUGCAGUUUGGAGUAAAUCACUUGGGUCACUUCUUCCUCACUUUCCUGUUACUGGAUUUGCUGAAGCACUCGGCCCCCUCCCGAGUUAUCACUGUGGCAUCGGGAGCUCACGCCAUGGGCAGGAUCCACUUUGAUGACCUGAGUGGUGGAAAGGACUAUCACCCGGUCAGGGCCUAUGCACAGAGCCAGCUGGCCUCUGUCCUUUUCACCAGAGAGUUGGCCAAGAGGAUAGAAGUCUUCGGUGUGACGACUUACUCUGUGGACCCCGGUGUGGUCAACACUAAUUUGACCAGGCACAUACGGCGCCCUCUUGUGGACGUGUUGAAGAGGUUCAGUUGGCUGCUGAAGACCCCAGCAGAGGGAGCCUACACCACCGUCUACUGCGUCAUCACCCCCGAAAGCCAGCUGCUCACUGGAGGACAUUACAAGGACUGUGCCAGCACAGAGGCGUGCAGAGCAGGUCAGGAUGAUGGCAUUGCUCUGAAGUUAUGGGCUGUGAGCUGCCACAUGCUUGGCAUCUGCUGGAAAUAAAUUAUAGCUUAAAUACUUAGAGUAUAAUAAUAUGCUGUGCUCUCCCAUGUACUACAAAAAACAAUAUUCAUGAGCUCAUAUAGCAAAAGAGUGACAGUGAAAGCUUUAAGUGGGAUGAGAGAAGUCUAACUGGUGAGAAAACUAUGCAAGUUGAUUGGAGCUGCACGUAAUUAAAAGAAAUAUGGCUUACAAUCCAAAUUGAUAAAUGUUUUAGUUUUUUUUAUUGCUUUGUUGCGCAUAAUCAAUGUAACAUACAACAAGUAUUUACUUUGUUGUGGACAGCUAAUUCGUGAAAUUAGGAAUAAGCAGCCUGGUCCACUCUGAUUUUGGAAUAUCAGGAGGCGGCCAAGAAGCACUGUUGCACGAUUUUCAUGACAAAAGCUUUAUUAUGAUUAUUUUUAAGCUCAAUAAUAGUGAUUAAUGCUGUAUCUAAUAUACAUUAGGUCCUUCUCUUACGGCACAUGCUGUAAAUCAGGGGUCUCAAAGUCAAAUGACCUGGGGGCCACGUGAGCUUCAAACCUGGUCAGUAGGGGGCGCUCAUGUGAAGAAAAGUCCAACUGUGUGGGGAAAAACACACCUGUUCAGACAGGGUCAUCGAUU